UGGUUGUCCAUCAAAUCCUCAUUUAUCACAACUAUCAAAGGCUUGUGUUGCUUUAAGACCUCAAGACACGUCCCUGCACCCGCAUGACUUAUAAUUAAAUCCGAACUUUCAAUUUCUUGAGCAAAGUUCUCAAAAUAGCGGUCGUAUUUGAUAUGAAUUUUUGGGUGUUUUCUCUCAUUAGAAUCGCCUGUCCCCACUUGAAACUGCACGAAAGUGUACCCUAACGAAUGCAGAACCUCCAGUACCUCAUCCUUGGACACCUCCUCAAUGAGCUUAUCAAAUUUCGUGGUCCCAACGGUUACAAACACUUUUUUUGCACCCAUUGCCACAAUUAGCCGCAAUUAUUCAUUAUCAUUUUUUACCAGAGGCAAAACAAAUCAAUUACAUAACCCCACAUUUCACAAACACACAUGUUUGCCGGAAGGAAUUAACUCGCAAUGGACGUGGAAGUUCGCCUUGUGGACAAUUCCAAAGGUAAAGGCCUAUUUUCGAAAAAGUGCUUCAAAAGCGGUGCAAUAAUAUUCGAAGAGGAGCCCUUGGUGUCGUGCCAGUUCUCCUGGAAUGCCGCUUACCAGUACAAAGCAUGCGACCAUUGUCUGAGGCCUUUAGAGACCGCUGAAGAGAACGCACGCCGCCUCACCGGCAAGCCCGAGCUCGAGUUACCCUUCCCCGAAUGUUGCACCACCGAUAAAAGUAAAUUUACUUCAUGCACCCUUUGCGGGACUGAUUAUUGUUCCGUGGAGUGCCAAACAACGGCGUACAACCAAUACCACCGCAUUCUCUGCUUACAGACAACCGAACGCAACAAUUUCCACCCUCUCGAGCAACUCAACGAGGCGUGGAAACAUGUGCAUUAUCCGCCUGAAACCAACACUAUAAUGCUGAUUGUGCGUCUUCUGGCGCGAAUAAUCCAGUCGCCAAACCGCGACUUGGCCAUUGAGCAAACCCUCCAGUUCUGCCACCGGACGGUUAACGAGGACGCGGAGCUGGCCCAUAAAUUACUGGGCGAAAAAUUCGCGAAUCAGUUAUCACUUUUACACAGUUUGCUCCUUCAGUGUGUUCCUCACGAGGGGAUUGAGCAGUUUCUGACUCCGGCGGGGUUCCAGGGGCUGCUUGCGCUCAUCGGGACGAAUGGUCAGGGCGUGGGCACGAGUACCAUAAGUCAGUGGGUCACUCGCACCUCCGACUUGGCCAUUUCCGACGACGAGAGAGCGGUUCUUGAUAAAUUUAUCGACAAGUUGUACGAGGAUAUGGACUCACAUUCGGGCAAUUUUUUAAAUAAUGAGGGAGUCGCCUUGUUUACGCUGCAAAGCGCCUGCAACCACAGUUGUGUCCCGAACGCCGAACCCACUUACCUUCACAACAAUAACAAGUUGUCUUUGGUGGCUGUUAGGGACAUUCAGGAAGGGGAGGAAAUUUGUAUCAGUUAUUUAGACGAGUGUAACUUGCAUAGAUCGAGGCAUUCGAGACGGAAAGAACUGAUGGAGAAUUAUCUCUUUGCGUGUAAUUGCCCCAAGUGUGAGGAGCAAGCCGACGAACCGGACGUCACUAGCGAGGAGGAGGAAGGAGAGGAAGAAAUGAGCGAAUAAAGUUAUGGAAAUAAAUUUAUUAAGACGCA